AUGAUCAUUAACAAUGGUUCUUCAGAUUCACCAGCGCCAUACUCUCCAACAACAAUUGAUCUAAUUGAUGAUGAUGAUGAUGAUACUCCUUCGCCAACAUCUUCCAUCUCAGAACCUCCACAAAAAUUAUCAAGGUUGGAUAACUGUGUACCUGCAUCAAAUUCAUGUAUUAAUAAUAAUGAUAAACUCCCCUUCUCCACAUCGUUUCAUCAAGAAACAAGACAAUCUAGUCAAGUUGUAACUGUAGCUACACGAUAUGGUCCUCAUGGGAUUGAGACAAUGAGUCAUAUGGCCAGUGCACAUAUUGUACAUCGUUAUCCUGUAACCACAACAUUAAUAACAAAUAAAGCAUCUACUCGACAUUAUACUAGUAAUUGUUUAUCAAUGACACGUAUAGGUUCUCAUCAAUCUUCAUUGAGACAUUUCACAUCUAUUAAUAAUAAUAAUAAUAAUCCACCGACUAUUGUCAAAAUUAUACGCACUGAUUUCCCUGUACCACCUAAUUCAUCACCAUUAUCAUCAACAAAUCCUAUGAGUAAUGCUAUAGUCCCUGUGACUGUAUCCAAUACUUGUGAAAAUGAAACUAUAGAACUUGAUUAA